AUGAGGUCACAGCGUCGCCCUAGGGACACGCUUGCUUCCUCUCUCUCCAUGGCCGGUGUGGAGAAAGGAACUGCUAAAAAUAACCGAGAGAGAGAGCCAGAGGAAGGGCCGGGAGGCAGUCCCCGUGCUUUUACUAAUAUGGACUUUCUCGAGCUCAAGGAAGUACUUUGUUUCAAAAAUAGCUGGUGCUUUUCCAGGAGGAGCGAGGUGGCCUGCAGUGGCCAGCUGAACUGCAGUCGCCGUUUCGUAUGUCCUCCCAUCCCCAGGGGGCCGUUUGUCCGCCGGUGUGGGUGCCUCAUCUGUCACUUGCCACUUCUUAUCGGCCCUCGGCCCCUGGACAGCUAUUUCCCCUGGAAGAUGGAUGUGGACAGUGCUCUCUGGGCAGAGAAUGCGGCCCCCGCAGGCCCCUUGGCUGAGAGUUCCCAGCGGACAUGGAUGCUGCGAGGGGAGCCUGGGAAUGGCGAGGCUGCUCUGCAAGGCCUCGAUGCCUCAGCUGAGUGCAGAUUCAGUUUAUGUUACUGUACGCCUUGUCAAGCAGACUUCUUCCUGUCAGAGAAGUUCAAGGCGAAGACCAGAAUCUGA